AUGUUAUAUUUUGCUGCAAUCGUUCGAACAAAGAUAAAUCGUGAAAGAUACGGCCUCACAGGAAUGGAGUUUUUCGCGGAUGGUUUAAUGGCAUUUGCGAUUGCGUUAGCUGGUAUGGUACGCAUUGUUCAGAUUUUAUUAGAAAAUCAAAAUAGUACAGUUUCAAGAAUAUUUUGCGUGGUUGUACCAUAUAAUGCUAUUCUGGCUUGGUUAGUAGAUUUUCCAAAACUUCUGCUUCAAGUUUAUUUGAAUUUUAACGAUAAAAUAACUUCAAAGCCAUGA